AAUCUUAACACUCAUCACCAUCAGCACCACCAUCAGCAGCAGCAGCAGCAGCAUCGGCAACGGAAUUACGAUGGAGAGUCUACCAUUAAACUUGAUUAAUGAAGAAAUUUUCUCAAGAUUAGAUUUACAAACACUUUUGACUGUCUCCUGUGUCAGCAAAACCCUAAAAUCUUCCAUUAAAUCUCAACUCCUUCCGUUCAAAUCCUCACUCGAACUCCCAUCAUCUCUACUUCCAGACGCCGACACACUGUCUCGUAUUAUAACUCAGUGCACUAAUUUUAACUCGCUCGCUCUCAAUUGCCAACGCCUCCAUGAAUCUUGCCUAACCCGCUUCUUGACUCGCCAACUUCGUCAACUCAGUUUAUCUCGCUGCUCUCUGUUCACUUAUCAGAUUUUCAUUUCUAUUGGACAAAAUUGCCCUUUUCUCAGAGUGCUAAUGUUGGAACUCACAGAUCAAGGUUUACCAGACAUUUUGAGCAUAAAUAUUGGUUACAUGCUUCGUAGGUGUAUUUACUUGGAGAGUCUUUGCAUUAAAAUUCGAGGGACAAAGAUUGAUGUAAAUGCUUUCCAGUCUGUCGAAUUAUUUCUGCCCAAAACCGUUAAAAUUCUGAAGUUGAAGUCAUUAAUGGAAGGAAAUGCAGUAUCUAUUGUAAAGAUGCUAGCAGCUGUGGGAACUUUUUCUUGCGCACCUGUCUCUCCAACAUCAUACAGUUGUGCUCUGCAAUCUCUGUCUCUGGUCUUAAAUGUGAUAUCUGACCAGCUACUUAUGACUAUUACCAGCUCGCUUCCUCUUCUAGUAGAGCUGGAUCUCGAAGAUAGGCCUAGUAAGGAACCAUCUCAUCACGUUGACUUGACCAACAAUGGGCUGCAAUCCUUAGGUUCGUGCCAUCAUUUGACUGGUUUGUCCCUUAUACGAAGUAGAAAGAAGCAUCCAGGAUCAUUUAAAAGAAUAAAUGAUAUGGGCAUGUUUCUCCUGUCCGAAAGUUGUAAGGAUUUACAAUCACUGAGACUAUUUGGUUUCUCUAAAGUCAGUGAUGCUGGAUUUGCAUCCUUGUUACACUCAUGCCAGAAGUUACAAAAAUUUGAAGUUCGUAAUGCCUUGCUUUUGUCAGAUCUGGCAUUUCAUAAUCUAAAUGGAACAGCAUCUGCCCUUGUUGAGGUGAGAUUGCUGUCUUGCAGCCUUAUAACAAGUGAAACUGUGAAGACAUUGCAUAAUUGUAGGACCUUGGAGCUGCUAGACCUGUGUGGCUGUAAGAGUAUUGCCGAUUCUUGUAUGGGAUCGAUUUUACAUCUUCAAAAAUUAACGUAUUUAAAUCUUUCCGGUGCUGAUAUUACAGACGCUGGUUUAUCCAUUCUAAGUCAGGGGAGUUUUCGUAUCUGGUAUUUGAGUCUUAGAGGGUGCAAGAGGAUAACUGAUAAAGGAAUUUCUUCUUUGCUCCAUGCUGAUGGGACAAUUGUGCAGACACUAGCGGCACUGGAUGCAGGUUGCAUGCCAGGACUAUCUGACAAUGGAAUUAUCACAAUUGUCACAGCUGGUAAAGAGAUUACUGAAUUGUGUAUUAGAAAUUGUUUUAACAUGACAGAUUCUUCAAUACACGCCCUGGCUACCAAGAGAAACUACGGGAACGGGAAUAAGCCACUUCAGCAGCUAGAUAUUUAUAAUUGCAGUAGAAGAUCUGUUGACUUGUUAAGUAUUUUGAGAAAACCUUUUUUCAGCGGCUUGCAUUGGCUUGGUAUUGGACUAACUUGGCCUGCAAGUUAUUGUAAAGAACGACCAUGGCUUACAAUGUGUUUUGAUGGCUGUGAAAUGGGAUGCCAUGAUGGAUGGAAGUUCCAUAGUCCAUCCGUUUGAUUUUGGUUUAGUCAUUGUAAUGUUAAUGCAGUUUAUGCAAUAUGUUGAGAAGUCUAAUAGUGGGUUGGCCUUGUCUCCUUGUGUUUGAUUUUCUAUAUCAUGAUCCUCUGAAAUCUUA